UUUGUUUCGUUGCAAAGCGUUACGCUGCUGCCGAAGUAUUACCACGACCUCCAGCAUCAAACAGGUGUCACAAUGGUUCACAAGGAGAGAUGUGUCUGUGAGAUUUGCAGCUGUGGUAAACAUCACUGCGGACCUCAGAACAAGUUCAAGAGUACUGGCAAACUCGACCUCAAAAGUCAGGGUGACAUCUAUGUGGCCUCCAAGGCAUCAUUCGAGUUUCCAGACACACUAAAUCUCUUCGAAGGGGGACAACAGCAUACAACUAUCGUCAGAGGGGAUUACAAGGGUCAGCUCAAUGCCGAUAUAUCCCGUCCCAAGCCCGCCGACCAGAUAGAGCUCAGUUCCGCUAAGAUGGGCGGUCUUACCUCCACUAACGUUCAGUUCCCUGCCUACGAUAUGAGUCUGAAGGUGACAUCAGAGGACGUGAAGAAAACUAGCGCUAGCAUAGGUGUGAGAUCUGACGGAACAACAGACGUCUCUGCUGCUGCUGCAAUGAAAGUGAGCACCACAACUAGCUACGCUGACCACUAUCCGGGAAAGAACGUUAAAUUUGAGAAGUCCGUAGCUGCUGUUCAUCACGAUGAGCUGAAAGGUCCAUCAGGAGAGCUCGAAUUAUCCACCGUCAACAAGUCAGACUAUGUAACCUUCAAGUACGGCCGACCCCAUCUUAACACAAUCCCGGACAACAAUCUAUUCGGAGUAUCAGAUAAGGAUCACUCGAGCAAGAGAACCACUGCCAGGGAGCACUUCCCCGGCUUUAAGUCCGAGCCUGCUAAGCAAAUAAAAGCAGAGGAAAAUGGAAUAGAGUUCGGUUCUGCGGACAGAACGAAAACGUCAGUUUACGGCGAGGAUUUCACACAAACUGCACCUAAAGUUAGGAAGAGCAAACGAAGGGGAACUGGAGUGGACUUUGGAGCUGACUUCGAUCAUGUGACCAGUUAUGGAACUCAGUUUGAGAGUAAAUCAGGCGGCAAAGGGAAACUAGCGUCGUUUGAUGACGAACUAACGUUGUUUAGUGGUAAACAAGACCUAACCACAAUCGCAAGGGCGGACUACAAGGCCAAGGGCCAUGAUAAGGUCGGGGUUUUCAGACAUAAACCAAAGGACCAAAUCGAGAUCCCAAGCGACAAGAUGACAAUGGACACAGUAACUCUGGGACACUUCCAAGUGCCGGUAGUUACUGCUGAUAUUGUGGCUGAUGUUAAAUCUGCUGGCAAAGCAGCUCUUUCUAGUACUAAGGCUUUUGAUGUAACGAAGUCCAUGGCCAACGUAAAGAUGUCCUCCGAUACCAGCUAUAAACAACAAUUCGAAACUAAAAAGCUAGUGAAAGUGGAAAAGUUCUCUUACCAAGACGAGCUGAAAGGUCCGUCAGGAGAGCUCGACUUAUCCACCGUCAACAAGUCAGACUAUGUAACCUUCAAGUACGGCCGACCCUAUCUUAACACAAUCCCGGACAACAAUCUAUUCGGAGUAUCAGAUAAGGAUCACUCGAGCAAGAGAACCACUGCCAGGGAGCACUUCCCCGGCUUCAAGUCCGAGCCUGCUAAGCAAAUAAAAGCAGAGGAAAAUGGAAUAGAAUUCGGUUCUGCGGACAGAACGAAAACGUCAGUUUACGGCGAGGAUUUCACACAGACUGCACCUAAAGUUAGGAAGAGCAAACGAAGGGGAACUGGAGUGGACUUUGGAGCUGACUUCGAUCAUGUGACCAGCUAUGGAACUCAGUUUGAGAGUAAAUCAGGCGGCAAAGGGGAACUAGCGUCGUUUGAUGACGAACUAACGUUGUUUAGUGGUAAACAAGACCUAACCACAAUCGCAAGGGCGGACUACAAGGCCAAGGGCCACGAGAAGGUCGGGGUUUUCAGACAUAAACCAAAGGACCAAAUCGAGAUCCCAAGCGACGCGAUGACAAUGGACACUGUAACUCUGGGACACUUCCAAGUGCCGGUAGUUACUGCUGAUAUUGUGGCUGAUGUUAAAUCUGCUGGCAAAGCAGCUCUUUCUAGUACUAAGGCUUUUGAUGUAACGAAGUCCAUGGCCAACGUAAAGAUGUCCUCCGAUACCAGCUAUAAACAACAAUUCGAAACUAAAAAGCUAGUGAAAGUGGAGAAGUUCUCUUACCAAGACGAGAUCCUCGCCAGCACCGGAGAAAUCGACUUAGCCACCCUGAACAAAUCUGAUUACACCAAACACGGUUACGGUCGACCUCAGAUUCACAAAACGAAGGAUAACAAUAUAUUUGGAAUCAACUAUGAUCUGGGCAAAGUUGGAUUGGAGACGGAGGAUGUAGAUGAAUACGGUCUGGAUGGUAUCAGCGUGUCACGUGGAUCUGUGGGCGUGGUCCAGGCAGCAGCUGUAGAUAUGGAGGUAGAAAGUUUGCCUUCAUCAAGGAGAAGUUCGGCGGGAAUAACGGUGGGAGUUGACAAAGUAGCCAAGUUCAAAUCUGCUCCUGCUAAAGCUAAAGGUGAUCUCGCUGAUCAAACAUCAUACGCUGGACACUUCAAGGCCACAGAUGGCAAAAUGAGGUCCUCAAAGAAAACAGACGCCACAGUAAGUUUCGGAAGGGACUUCUACGCGGGCACCUCAUAUGCUGAUCAUUACAAGACUAAAACCUGUCUGGUACCAACCCUGGACAAACUGGACGAGUACACUUUUAAGAACCUUCAAGCCGGCCACAGGAUUUAUUCGAUCAAUUGCGGAUGUCCUCCAGUGGGCGCCUGUGGAUGUACACCACCACCUACUGCUACAAGUGUAAAAGCUGGCUAGAGACUCCACUGGUGCUACCAUUUUAGAACGAUGUGGCGGAGAUACUCCUUGAAUUUUGAUGAAAACGAAAUCAUUGAAAGGAUUGACCUUCUAGUUUUAGUGAAUAGGAAGGAAAUGAAGUUAUUUUAGCACCGUAAAAUUAAUUUCAGUCAGAAUUACGGUACCAGUGAAACGAUAGUUUUAUUGUUGUUUUGAAAUGUUAAUGAUGAUGUGAAGAGAAAUUAUGAUGAUUAUUUAUAUAAUAUAUUAGUAAAUUUUUAUUUAAUUAUUUAUUAAGAA